AUGGUUGAACCGGUGAACGAUCUCUCGGAGGCGUCGAAGUCUAUUGCGACCUUACAGGCUUUACUCGAUCGCGAUAUGGCAUCGAAUUGCGUAAGGAAUGCUGGUAGUCAUUCGAGAAAUUUGUUGAGAGUGAAGCGUGAGCUUGACAUGGUUUGGGUGCUCUUCGAGCAAAUACUCAUUGCAGAGGGCAAUUCCCUUAAAGAUCCAGCUUCCAAGGCGUAUGCACAGGUAUUUGCUCCCCAUCAUGGUUGGGCAAUCAGAAAAGCUGUUGCUGCAAGGAUAAUUGAAAGAACUAAUAAGAAGGCCAGAGUCCUAUGGAAUAGUAUGGUGCUCUCAUUGUUAUGGUCUCUGUGGAUGGAACGGAAUGGCAUAAUUUUUUAG